CUGCAACUUUCGAGAUAUCUAGCCUAAGGUACCUAAUUGUCUAAUCUCGAUUACCUAAUAUAACAUUUCCAACCCCUAACACCCAAUUAGAUCUUCUUCGUGUUCUCUGCCAACGCCGUGAAGGUAGGAGAUACCGAGUAUUAACUAACUCCUACACAACCAAGCCAGCACCGUAGGAACUAUCCCCCCUACCCCUCCAGCCAAAUUAAACACUUCAUCAUCAUGGCGUCCCAGGCCGCGCCCCGAAGCAAAUCCAAAUACGCCUUCGUCACCAUCGGCGCCAGCGCCAGUUUCAAACUGCUCAUCGAGGAAGUGCUCUCGGAAGCCUUCCUCGCCAAGCUCAAGUCCCUCGACUUCACCCAUCUCAUCAUCCAGUGCGGGCCUGACUAUGAUUACUUCCUGUCUGCCGAGCCUGAGCCAUGCCCCGACGACCCUAACGAGCUGCUCAUCACGGGCUUUACUUACCAUGACGACAUCCGGAGAUACAUGGAGCUCACUACUGCUGGCUACGUCACUUCAACGUUUAAGCGAGACCGCGGACUGAUUAUUACUCAUGCGGGCUCCGGAAGUAUUCUGGAAGCACUCGAUUUCGACUCAGCGCUGAUCGCAGUGCCUAACCCCACGCUCAUGGACAACCAUCAAUCGGAGAUUGCCGAGGAGAUGGAUAGUCAGGGGCACCUAAUCCAGGGCAAGAUCGGUUCGCUCGUUGAUAUCAUCAACGAAGACAUCCUCACGGCUCCCAAGAAGCAGUGGCCCCCGGACCCCGACCCGGAGUCGGAGUGGCCUGGCGGUCUCUGGGAUAUUAUUAGCGCAUUGAUGCCGGAGCGCUGAUUCUGCAUUUGACCACCAACGAGCGGUUACGGUUGUUUAGUUUCGGCGUUUACUAGGAAAGGGAGAUACCCCAAUUGCGACUGUUUUAGUUUCCGCUAGGUAACUCGAAUUGCAUUUACGAAUAGACUCUUGUUCGAAUGACUAUCCUAUAAGGUAUCUAACACUAUACUGUGC